GCAUGCGCACUUCCCCAACGGCUUAUGUGGGAGAGCAGUCUCGCGUAACUUUGCUGAGGGAACCGUCGGGUUGUAGCAACAGUAAAGCCUCAUCAUUAGACACAACGGGACGCUGUGAGAGGGACGCCGCCGCACUUCAGUUUUUCUUUAAGGUGGUCCACCACAACCAGAUUUGAACAGUUCGCACCAAACACAUACCCAGCGUAGGAGGAUGGCGGUGAAUGUUUACUCCACCUCUAUGACUGUAGAGAACCUCAGUCGUCAUGACAUGCUGGCAUGGGUCAACGACUCUCUGCAACUCACACACACAAAGAUUGAGCAGCUCUGUUCAGGUUCUGCUUACUGUCAGUUCAUGGACAUGCUCUUUCCAGGUUGCAUAUUAAUGAAGAAAGUUAAGUUCAAUGCCAAACUUGAACAUGAAUACAUCAACAAUUUCAAAGUCUUACAGGCUUCAUUCAAGAGAAUGAAUGUGGAUAAGAUCAUCUCCGUGGAGAGGCUGGUGAGGGGCAAGUUCCAGGACAACUUUGAGUUCCUCCAGUGGUUUAAGAAGUUUUUUGACGCCAACUACGACGGGAAAGAGUACGAUCCUCUAAUGUCACGGCAAGGCCAAGAGGGAACGCCGCCUCCGCCCAACCCAGAACCCAUUCGUCACAAACCUAGAAGACCCUCUGGCUCAGGCCCCACGAGAACGUCUCCCACCACACAAAAGAGUGUUUGCACCGCCCCGAGGCCGAUCAACCCAACAGCGGCCCGCAAGCCCAAUCACACGAUCCGCAACGGAGGAGACUCUGAGCUCCUCGAGCUCAACCAGCAGAUGCGGGACCUGAAGCUGACCGUCGACGGGCUGGAGAAGGAGAGGGACUUCUACUUUGGAAAGCUGAGAGACAUCGAGCUCCUCUGCCAGGACAAAGAAAACCCAAUUAUCAACAAAAUCUUAGAUGUACUCUACGCUACUGAGGACGGAUUUGCGCCACCGGAGGAUGAAGAAAUUGACGAAGGGAAACAGGGAGACCAGGAAGAGUUCUGAAUUGGUUCUCCUCUCAUCAGCAUCAUCCUUUCCCCUACUCUCACCCUAGAACCUAUUUAAAUGAAUGUUAUAAUCCCCCCCUCCCUCUCUUCUUUGACUUUUUACAAUCUGCCCUUACUUCUCCCAUCUUGUCUGCGGCUGUCCGUAUCCAUGACGACUUUGUUGCACAACCUUCCCAAACUCUGAACCCAGAGGACUAGAGCCCAGCAGCCCGGCUUGGCUCACUCGAUUCUAUUCUAACCUGUUACCAGAGGAGACGCUGCACUGCAGGGCCGGUUGAGCCGGACUGGUUUCAGGUUAAAAGCAAUGAGAUUUACAGGGAUCCAGCACUGACCUCCUGGAGCCAACAGUGCUGCGCUACCAGGCUGUCUCAAGGGGAAGCUCACUUUCUCUCACCUUGCACUUUAAUUGGUGACUCCACACACACAUGCAUCAGGGUGCUUUGCAGAGUUUAUAUAUAUAAAUAUAUAUAUAUAACUACACAGUUUUCCACACAAUGUGACCGGUUUGCGGAUGUUUUGGUUGUAGAUUUCACACGGUGAGAUUAUAAAGGGUGUUACGCCUCCAAAAAAAGAGGCCUGCACAUAUAUUUUGAAUAUGGUGAUGCACAUGAACGUACAUUUAACCGCCGGACAUAUCACAGACUUUGAACUGCUCACGUGCAGAAAGAAGUCCUCAAGAAUCAGCAUCUAUUCAUCGGUGUGUCCCACCAGAGAGGGUUUGCUCAUGACUGCUUUGACAGCUUGUUUAUGAGACGGCCUGGUGUAUUUAUGUUUUUAUUUAUUCAUGUAUUUCUUUUCUUUUUUAAAGUGGUUUUGGGUUUGGGUAGAUUGAAGGUCUUGCACCAAAUAUAGUGAAAAAUAAACUGACUGAAAUUAUCCAAAAUGCCAACAAGCAGAGAAGAUAUCGGAAGAUUUCAUUUUAUAUUUUUUAGAAUAGUUUUUUAUUGGUAUUUAAUUCCUCGAAGGCCGAGUUAGAGGUUCCAGUGUAAGUUAUUUAUCAGACAAAUGUCAGACUUUAAAAUCUAUUAAUGAAUAAAUAAUAAUAAAGUCAGAUUACAGACAGACACUACUAAAUACUAACGUUUUACUGUGUUAAUAAGAAACCUUUUAGCUGCUAUCAUCACUCUUCUCCGUUCCCGUAACGAAUCGAGCAUUGGUGCAAAGCGUUACGGCUGUGAAGGAGCUGUUGGUGUGGGCUACGUGAGUGACAGACAGGAUUUGAACCAGCAAACAUAACAAACCCUCUCACCAUUUGUUGCUAUCGCAGCCAUGCGAUAAAACGUUGAGCAUUUUACCAUUACUGCUGCAAUGAAAUAAAGCUCUGAUGUGCCAGAAAACUAACAAAC